AUGGAGUCUCUUCCUCUCACCAGCAAAACCUCAUUCCUCACCGCCACUACUCUUCUCCCACGGUUUCCAUCCUCCAACAGAACAACAACAAUAACAAGAAGAACUGUUUAUCUAAAUCAGAGAAAAAUCAACAAGGUUUUCGCCUCAUCAUCACGCUCACACGAUGAACUUGACCAGAAUAUACCUAAUUUAGAUAAUCAAGACCUCAUGGACCUCAAGUUCGGUCGUUUACUUGGCGAGGAUCCUAAACUCACUCUUGCAAAGAUAAUGGGAAGAAAGGCAAACCCUGAUGCUUCUUAUCUUGAUAUUGAGAAAUCAUUUUAUAAAAGAAAGAAAGGUAAAGUUGUGGAAAUUGAGGAACUUCCAUUUGAAGUUGAAAGACCUUGGGCUAACAAUUCACCUCCAAAACCACAACUCCAGCCAAAUGAUGAUUAUAAGAAUGUUGCAAUGGAGAUUAAGAAACCUAGCUUGACGCCGAGUGAGCCGGGGAAUGUUAGGAAAAGUAGUGUUCCUAAGGUUAUUUUGAGGAAGCCGUCGUUGCUUAAAACGGACAAGGAUGAAGAGGAGGAUGUGUCUUCGAGGUUGAUGUUAAAACCAAAUUUGAGUCUGAGUGGACAAGUGAAGGAGAAGUUUAGUGACGUGACAUUGUUGAGGAAGCCGGGAUUGUCAAUUGGCGAGAAUAGAGAUGGUGGGUUGAAGAUGCCGAAAGAAGUGACAAGUUAUGAAGUUGCUAAGUUGACGUUGUUGGAACAACCGCAUAGACCAGGUAGUAAUAAAGGACUAGAGAAAUUUGUGGAGCCGAGGGAUGAAGUUGCUAACUUGAUGUUGUUGGAACAACCGCACAGACCAAGUAGUAAUAAAGAAAUAGAGAAGUUUGUAGAGACGAGUGAUGAAGUCGGUAGAUUGAGCUUGUUGGAACAUCCACAUAGACCAAGCGGAAAAAUAGAACAAGAGAAGUUUGACGAGCCAAGUGAUGAAGUCGCUAAUUUGAGCUUGUUGGAACAACCGCACAGACCAAGUAGUAAUCAAGAAAUAGAGAAGUUUGUAGAGACGAGUGAUGAAGUCGGUAGAUUGAGCUUGUUGGAACAUCCACAUAGACCAAGCGGAAAAAUAGAACAAGAGAAGUUUGACGAGCCAAGUGAUGAAGUCGCUAAUUUGAGCUUGUUGGAACAACCGCACAGAUCAGGCGGCAAAAAAGAACAAGAGAAGUUUGUAGAGCAAAGUGAUGAAGUCACCAAUUUGAGCUUGUUGGAACAGCCACACAGAUCAAUCGGAAAAAUAGAACAAGAGAAGUUUGAAGAGACAAGUGAUGAAGUCGCUGAAUUGAGCUUGUUGGAACAGCCGCCCAAACCAAGCAGUAAAAUAGAACAUGAGGAAUUUGAAGAUUCAAGUGAUGAAGUCGUUACAUUGAACUUGUUGGAACAGCCACACAGACCAACCGCCAAAAAAGAACAAGAGCAGUCUGAAGAUCCAAGUGAUGAAGUCAAGAAGGUGAUGUUGUUGGAACAGCCACACAGAUCAAGUGACAAAGACGAAGAGCAGUUUGGAGAUGCAAGAGUCGUAGUCCCAAAUGAUGAAUCGGAGCAAGAUGAGCAGAAACAGUCGGAGGUCCGUCAGGAGCCGAUCGAUUUAAAUCAACCGUCUGAUUUAAAUUCCGUUGGUUCUAAGACGGAGUUGUCCGUUGAAGCUGCAACACAAGGAAAGCCAAAAAGAUUAGAUCAAUAUGUGAAACAAACCUCAAUACUUGUUGGACAAAAGACUGUUUCCCUUGAUCCCGGAAGUCGCGGAAACAGUGAAGAAUCAGGCAAUUUUGUUGAUGUGUCAGAUAUUCAGGAAGGCAAAGACGCUUAUUGGACCAAGGCAGAAGAUUUGUUUAAGAAUGGAGAUAGACAUGAUGUGGAACUAAUAAGCUGCAGCGCCAAGGGUUUCGUUGUUUCUUUUGGUACCUUGGUAGGGUUUCUGCCAUACCGUAAUCUUUUGUCCAAAUGGAAAUUCUUAGCUUUCGAGUCAUGGUUAAGGAAGAAGGGCUUGGAUCCAUCAAUGUACAAGCAAAACCUGGUCACUACAACAAAUAAUGAUGCUGAAAUUAAUAAUUUGUCGGCCGAUUCUACUUCUCAUACGAAUGCUAGUAAAUUUGAAGAUAAAAUUUCUCCAGAUAUGAAAUUGGAAGAUCUUUUAAGGAUUUAUGACAAAGAGAAAGUCAAUUUCUUAUCAUCAUUUAUUGGACAGAAAAUCAAAGCAUAUGUGUUAUUGGCAGACAGAAAAUUGAAAAAGCUCAUAUUUUCACUCAAACCAAAAGAGAAUGAAGAACUAGUUGAGAAAAAGAGAAAACUUAUGGCUAGACUUCAAGUUGGUGAUAUAGUGAAAUGUCGCGUCCAGAAGAUAACUUACUUUGGAGUUUUUGUUGAGGUUGAAGGAGUUUCUUCACUAAUUCCUCAGUCAGAAAUAUCUUGGGAUCCCGCGCUGGACCCAUCUAAUUUUUUUAAGAUUGAUCAGGUUGUAGAGGCAAAAGUUAUCCAAUUAAACUUUGCUCUUGGGCGCAUAUUUUUAUCAUUAAAGGAGGUCACGCAAAUCAUUGCCUGCCUAUUACAGCCUGAUCCAUUGAUGGAAUCCUUAGAGUCUGUAGUAUGGGAUCAUGACUCCUUUGAUGGGAGAUUGGAAGCUGCUCAACCUAAGGCAGAGUGGUCUGAAGUUGAAUCUCUUAUAAAAGAAUUGCAAAAAAUUGAGGGAGUCCAGUCUGUUUCAAAAGGCCGUUUUUUCAGGAGCCCUGGUUUAGCUCCCACAUUUCAGGUUUAUAUGGCAUCCAUCUUUGAGGAUCAGUACAAGUUGCUUGCCCGAUCAGGAAACAAAAUACAAGAGGUCAUUGUUCAAACUGUUUUAGAUAAAGAAACGAUGAAGUCAGCAAUUAUGACAUGUGCAAGUAAAAUAGAAUAG